CACCCAAAUUAAGACAAAAGAAAACAAAAACACGGGUUACCACUUACAAGUUACAACAACAAAACCCAACAUACAUAUGAUACGUACUACAAACUUGCACCGAUUAACAAGUUCAUAAUAAUACCUCCAAAACCUUUUCUUUUCAAAAAAUUAAUUUAAUUUUUACUUUUUUUUAUUUAUUUUUGUUGUUAUGGCUUCACAUUUAUUUAUAAGCUCACUCUUCAUCUCCAUGUGAAUCUCUGCACCCUCAUUUCACCACCUUUCUUCCAAAAAAACAUGGAAGAAGGAAAACCCACCAUUUUUCUUCUCUUCUCUUUUGUUAUUUUCCUCUCUUUUUCUCUCUCCUCUUCUCUUGAACUUCAAAAUCUUCUCCUCAACCCUCUCCCUAAACCCUCCUCCCUUCUUCCGAACACGGAAUGGGACCUAACAGCCCAAUUACAAGUAAACGGGGAGCUAUUCGGUUCCGUAGAUACAUCGUUCGAGCUUUCGGGUUCUUUAGAUAGCACCGUGGCGCUGCAGCUAGAGCAUUUGGACGCUCUAGAGCCGCAUUUGAGCCAGGAUGAGCUUUUUGCCUUAAAGCUCAAGCGCGAUGAGGCCCGGGUGGAGUCUAUCCUAGCCCGGGCUCAGGGUGUCUCGCAUAGACACCGCGCUGGCUCCCACCACGGGAGGAAUGCGAGCCACCCUCGCGCUCCUGCUGGAGCCGCUGGUGGGAGCGGCUUCAGCAGUUCCGUAACCUCGGGGUUAGCCCAAGGGAGCGGUGAGUACUUCACCCGACUCGGCGUGGGCUCACCCCCGAGGUACAUGUACAUGGUUCUAGACACUGGAAGCGACAUCGUUUGGCUCCAAUGUUCACCUUGUAAGAGAUGCUACGAUCAAACCGACCAAGUCUUCAACCCGGUCCAAUCCGGUUCAUUCCGGACCAUUCCUUGCCGGUCCAAGAUCUGCCAACAAUUGGACCAACCCGGAUGUGCUCUACGUGGCAACAGAUGCGCGUACCAGGUGUCAUACGGUGAUGGGUCGUUUACCAUGGGAGAGUUCGCUAGUGAAACGAUGACGUUUCGGAGAACAAAGGUUCCAAACGUUGCGCUUGGUUGUGGUCAUGAUAAUGAAGGUCUUUUUGUUGGUGCUGCCGGUUUACUCGGUUUAGGGCGUGGGAAAUUAUCUUUUCCUUCUCAAACCGGUAACCGGUUCGGAAACAAAUUCUCCUACUGUUUACUAGACCGAUCCGCUUCUAGUAAACCGUCAUCAGUUGUUUUCGGUGCAUCAGCGGUUUCUCGAAACGCUGUUUUUACCCCAUUAAUAUCUAACCCGAAAUUAGACACUUUUUACUACGUGGAGUUACUCGGGUUUAGCGUGGGUGGGACCCGUGUUCCUGGUAUCACGGGUGAGCUUUUCAAGAUUGACCGUACGGGUAAUGGUGGCAUUAUCUUGGACUCGGGUACGUCCGUUACCCGGUUAACCCGACCCGCUUAUAUUGCCUUAAGGGAUGCCUUCCGAGUCGGGGCAUCGUCUCUUAAGACCGCCUCCGGGUUCUCAUUGUUCGAUACGUGUUUCGACUUGUCAGGUAAAACCGAGGUCCGGGUGCCCACGGUAGUAAUGCACUUCAAUGGGGCGGAUAUUUCAUUACCUGCUAACAAUUAUUUGAUACCGGUUGAUAUGUCGGGUCGGUUUUGCUUUGCUUUUGCGGGAACAAUGAGCGGGUUGUCGAUUAUUGGAAAUAUCCAACAACAGGGUAUUCGGGUUUCUUUUGAUGUUGCUAGUAGGCGGGUCGGAUUCCUCCCAAAUGCUUGUACUUGAUUUGAGUUUUUUUCUUUUUUAAUUUACUUUCUUAAUUUAUUUGUUUAAGCAAAAAAAAGAUGCUAGGAAGGUAAAAAAAAAAUAAAAAAAAAAAAAAAAAAAAAAAAAAAAAAGGUGGUUGUAAUUGGAAAAGGGGAGCAAGUAAAAAAUAGUGGAAAAUUAAAAAGAUAUCUUGUGUUGGGUUAGUGUGCCACUAUCUAGAAUGCUUCACAUGAGAAGGGGAAUUUGUGUCCUACAAAAAAAAAAGUAUACAUAAAUGUUAUUGGCCCCACCACAAGUGAGGGCAUUUUGUUCAUGUGAAAUCAAGUCAUGUGAAAAAAAUUGGUCACUCUUUUUGGUCGGAACAAGUCAAUUUGUGGGUGCGGAAAUAACGCUAAUCAACUUAACAAAUAGCCUUUCACACUAUCACAAUUGUGAAUGUAAUAUUGUUCAUUGUUAACAUGAAUACAUUCUAAAAAAUCUUUCAUGAACUAUGAAUCAUAACAGUAGUCUUAAACAGAAACAGAAUGUUUAGCUGUUUAAGUUGAUGAUGGUUUAAUUAUUUGUUUGAGUUUAACUCUACUUCUCAUGUAAAAAGGUUGAAAAUAUACCCUUGUUACUCAUUGUAUUUUUAUAUUGGGAAUA